CUUUAAACGAUACUUAACCUUAAAGUUAUCACGUGAAAUAGUUUGAUAAAAAAAAAAAUUUAACAUAAACAAAUUAAAUAUUUUCUAAAAUCAGUUUAGUAAAAGAAUCAAUUUUUCAUAAUCAAUUUAUUUAAAAAAAUUAAAUACUUUCAGGAAUUAAAAAUAUUUAAAUCAUUAGAUUAGGAAUAUAAAUUUUUUAAAUUUUAUAAAGUUUUAAUUUUAAUGAAAUGAAUAUUUCUCAAAUAUUUUUGAAAAUUACUACAGAUGAAAAAGUAGGAUUUGCUAUUGCAACAUUAAUAGGUUAUUGCUUAUAUAAAGUAAUGUUAAUAAUUAAUAAAAGAAAAUUGCAAUCUUCUAGCAAUGAAACAUUAAAUAUGGUAUUUUCAGAUAAUUACAAGCUUAUUUUAGUUAUUAGAACUGACUUAAAAAUGGGAAAAGGAAAAGUAGCAGCACAAUGUGCUCAUGCUGCUGUUGCAGCUUAUAAAGCAGCUGUAAAUUAUCCUAAAAUUUUACAAGCUUGGGAAGAAUCUGGCCAAGUCAAAAUUACAGUUAAGGUCGAUAGUGAUAAUGCUUUGAAACUAGUAGCAAAACAAGCCAAAGCUGUAGGACUUUUGACAAAUAUAAUACAGGAUGCUGGACGUACCCAAGUGAAACCAGGAAGCAGAACAGUAUGUGCAAUUGGUCCUGGUCCAACUGAAUUAAUAGAUCAAGUAACAGGACAUUUAAAAUUGUUUUAAUAAUUUACUAAAUAAAGAUAUCUUAUUUUUUACCUAA